AUCCAAGCCAAGCUAGUGACUCUGAGCGCUGUGUGAGUGUUCUCGCGAUUUUGCCCGCGGUGAUACGAUUCACGCGAAUCGUUGCUCUAAAGUCUGUCCUUGCAGUUAGCACUUUUGCCUGCCAUGCUAAAGUACGCGCGAGGAACGGAAAUUCUGACCUCCCAUCCGUUUGUUUACAUCUCAGAAAAAGAGCGGAGGGGCCGGAUCUGCGACUUCUGUUUCUCCGGCUCGGAAAACCUUCGGCGAUGUUCGAGGUGCAAGAUACUCUACUUCUGCGGGAAGGAGUGCCAGGCUGCAGCCUGGCCCGACCACAAGGUGGAGUGCGCUUGCCUCGAGAAGGUUUCCCCAGAGGUGCCAGCUAACCCCGUGAGGUUCUUCUGCCGUCUCCUGAUCAAGCUUAAGGUACGACUGGCUGCCGCCUGGCCCCCGUUUCAGUGCAAGUGCAGGCACAGCAGGAGCUACAAGAGACACGUCAGCUGCGGCUCGGACCGAACCGGUGUUUGGGCGAGGGCGUUCCUUCGCAGACCUGGUGGCACACGUGGAAGAGAUCAAGAGGGACGCCAAGCGCGUGGCGCAGUUCCAGAGGCUGUGGAUGACGGCCGGGGCGUUCUUGGGAGACGAGUACCUGCCUCCUGCAGAAACGGGCCUCGAGAUCUUCGGAAAGGCAAACUGAGAAGCUUUGCUCGUCACCUUGUGGUGAUUCGUGUAGCUUUUUUUCUCCACUUUCAGAUGGUGGUGAACACAUACACCAUCACCAAUUACGAGGAAUGUCCCAUAGGUACGGGCCUAUACAUUGGCCCUUCCAUUCUGGACCACUCCUGCACGCCCAACGCACAGGCCGUCUUUGACGGCCGCACACUGCGGCUGAGAGCUGCGGCGGACAUCGAGUGCGACUCCGUGGACGGAAUCAGGGUCUCGUACAUCGACCUGAAGGAACUGAGGCGGACGAGGAUCGAAGAGCUGAGGGAGCGCUACUACUUCAGCUGCAACUGCCCGCGGUGCAGUGCGGAUGAGGCGCAGGAGUACCUUACUGAAAAGUCCCCAUCACUGACUGCCAAAGCCAAGGAGCUUCUCGGAGAGUUUAUGCGAGCAGAGGUCCACGCAAGGGAGGACCUAGUGCGCCUGCGUGGGCAAGCCGAGGCCCUUCUGAGCUCCCACGAGCUCCCCGCCACAGACGCGGCCAGGAGCGAGGCGCUGGAGCUGCUCUCGAAGAGCUGCCUCGAGAUGGGCGACUUCGACGCCGCUCUGCCCUACUACCUUGCCAAGGAGGAAACCUACAGGCGCUGCUACGGCCCCUACAGCCUCGUCUAUGGCGUGCUGCUCUUCACCAUUGCCAAGCUUUAUCACCACAAGGCUUUGCUCCAGGAGGCACUGCAGUACUUCGAGAAGGCCUCCGAAGUUGUGACCGUCAGCCACGGAAGAAAUCACCGGCUGUACCGAGACCUUUCGGAGGCCCUCUGCCACUGCAAGCUGGAGCUGCAAGCACAAAGCGACCACGCAAAGUAGUGAGAGCUCGAGACAGGACUUCAGAGUGCUUUCAUUUUCCGUCCCUCUUCUCUACUCGCUCUGCGUCAUGCCCUUCGGGGCAGUGCUUUGGCCGGUUCGUAGAGGCUGCUGUCACGUCGGUGGCUUCGAGAAAAAGCGCCAGUUUACGGACUCAAGGUCAGUGGGCCUACAUUCCAGUCGAGGUGCCCGCAAUUCGACGGAGGCUUGUUGUGGUGAAGAUGACGGUUGCAUAGUGCAAGCCAUGAGAGCCAAAUUAGAAAAGCAAAGUGAGUUGUGUGGCGUCGCAACCUUGUCACCGUUAUAAAAUCUGCAAGGUGGGUGAUGGUCCUGCAGAAAUGUCCAAACAGUCGAGAAUGUCAUAAAUUUCGGCACCCGGAAAAUCGGUCGGCAUGCCAUACAACCGAAACUCGGUACGGGAAACCAAUGAAACAAAAUGUGCUCCGUGCCAUACCUGUGGAAAUUUGGAGGUAAUUAAAAUAACUUGAGAUAUAUGCUCGCGAUAAUUAAAACUCUGAUAUUUCAUUCUUUUGAUUAAUUCAAACUAAUUUUAAAAUUUUGGUCAGCUCAAUAUGUUUUAAAUGUAUUCAUAAGCUGCUUAAUUUGAGCAGCGUUUAUGUGUAAUUGAUACUUUUCAUUCUUGCGGCUCAGUUGAAAGUGUGCUUCUUUCCGAGCACCGGUGCACUGCAGAGAGGUAACGCCC